CAUCUUCUUGCCUGAUAUCAGAGCACCGCAUUGACUUCCGAGUUUCUCCAGGUUCCUUCCUUGUACCGUUGCUUUUCCUGAAAAGGUUCAGAAGAAGGAAUGCGGCCGCAUGCAGCCAUUUCAGACCCACUAUCAACGCGCCACCUCAAAUUACAUAUUGCCGAGCAGAGCCAGCGAGAUGAGUCUCUUCGAGAAGUUGCUGCCAUCGCCAUCCGCCUACACAGUAGAUGAGUUCUUCCCAGAGCAGGUCGAUCCCAAAAAGCGAAAAUUGAUCGAGGCCACGAAAGCUCAACGCUCAAUGCCGAGUGAAUCCUUCGCCUCAGACUGGGGCAACAAUUCCAUCUACAACCAGCCACGCUCUCAUGUCGCGCCUUUGCCGCCAGAUGGCAUUAGCGCUUUCGAUGCUUAUCUUGAACGCCGAUCGUAUCAAGCUGAGCGAUAUCCACUCCGGUCUCCCAAACGAGUAGCCAAUGGACCUGUGCGGAGCAAAUUACCGUCGCGGGCUCCAAGUUCCGAUCGUGGCUUCGAUAAUCAGGAGUGGAAAGUUGUGCCUCCGCUGCAUGGCAACGCAGGUCUCGUUAGUGCCAUGCGUGUCAAAUCGGACUCGCAAUUUGAUGCAAACAUUACCUGGAUCGGAACCAUCGGUACGUAUGAAUGACUGCGCCUUGGCUCGCGACAAUCGUGCUGACUUGAGAUAGGGUUUCCAGUUGACUCCCUUUCUGGACAUCUCAAGGAUGACAUCCACGACGAGCUUCAGAAUGAGCAUCAAUCCCAUGUCGUUUACUGCAGUGAUAAGGACAUCGAUGGUCACUACAAGCACUAUUGUAAACUUGUC